CAAAGGGGUGGUGACUGGUGAGUGGUGAUUAUGCAUUUUUGUUGACCGAAGGAGUAAUAUAUAAAGAGGGCCGCACAUAAGCCUAUGCUGAGAAACUCACCACCCGCUGUCAUCAUAUUGUUUGUUUAACUACUACUAUCCUUAUACUGGAGUAGUAGUUUUCUCUUCUUUGGGAUUGAGAAAUUUUCAUUCAAUGAAUUGAAUCUCCUAGCACUUCUUCUUCCCCCCUCUCUCUCCCUCUCUGUUUUUUUUUCCUUUCCGAAGCUUAAUUGUUGGCGAUCGAGAUGGAAAAAUCGAUGAGUCUCGAAGGGAUCAAGAACGAGACUGUUGAUCUGGAAAAAGUUCCUAUUGAGGAAGUGUUUGAGCAGCUGAAAUGCACAAGCGAAGGUUUAAGUUCAGAGGAAGGGGCCAACAGGCUUCAGAUCUUUGGACCAAACAAACUCGAAGAGAAAAAGGAAAGCAAGAUACUGAAGUUUCUUGGGUUCAUGUGGAAUCCGCUCUCGUGGGUGAUGGAAAUGGCAGCAAUAAUGGCAAUUGCGCUGGCUAAUGGCGAAGGAAAGCCUCCGGAUUGGCAGGACUUUGUGGGCAUUAUUUGCUUGCUUGUGAUCAAUUCCACCAUCAGUUUCAUUGAAGAAAACAAUGCUGGUAAUGCUGCUGCUGCUCUUAUGGCUGGUCUUGCCCCAAAAACUAAGGUACUUAGGGAUGGUCGAUGGAGCGAGCAAGAUGCUGCGAUUCUGGUUCCAGGGGACAUCAUUAGUAUCAAAUUGGGAGACAUCGUCCCAGCCGAUGCUCGUCUCCUUGAGGGUGAUCCUUUAAAAAUUGACCAAUCUGCCCUAACUGGAGAAUCGCUUCCAGUGACCAAAAACCCUUCGGAUGAAGUCUUCUCCGGUUCCACUUGCAAACAAGGUGAGAUCGAAGCAGUUGUCAUCGCCACUGGUGUCCACACCUUCUUUGGAAAGGCUGCACAUCUUGUUGACAGCACAAACCAAGUUGGGCACUUCCAAAAAGUGCUCACUGCAAUCGGAAACUUCUGUAUUUGUUCCAUUGCGGUUGGAAUACUGGUGGAGAUUGUUGUUAUGUACCCGAUUCAAAAAAGGAAGUACAGAGAUGGGAUUGACAAUCUCCUUGUUCUAUUAAUCGGAGGCAUUCCCAUCGCUAUGCCCACCGUUUUGUCUGUGACAAUGGCUAUUGGGUCACACAGAUUGUCACAGCAGGGUGCCAUUACCAAGAGAAUGACUGCCAUUGAGGAGUUGGCAGGAAUGGAUGUUCUCUGCAGUGACAAGACCGGAACCCUAACCCUAAACAAACUUUCUGUUGACAAAAGCUUGAUUGAAGUUUUUGCAAAGGGUGUGGAUAAAGAUCAUGUGUUGCUUCUUGCUGCUAGGGCUUCUAGAACUGAAAACCAGGAUGCUAUUGAUGCUGCAAUUGUUGGGACGCUAGCUGAUCCAAAGGAGGCACGUGCUGGUGUUAGAGAGGUGCAUUUCUUCCCAUUCAAUCCCGUGGACAAGAGAACUGCUUUAACCUACAUUGAUGCAGAGGGAAGAUGGCAUCGAGCUAGCAAAGGUGCCCCUGAACAGAUCUUAACCCUUUGCAAUGCCAAGGAAGAUUUUAAGAAAAAGGUCCAUUCCAUAAUUGAUAAGUUUGCUGAACGUGGACUCCGGUCAUUGGCUGUUUCAAGCCAGGAAGUGCCUGAGAAAACCAAGGAAAGUGCGGGUGGGCCAUGGCAAUUUGUUGGAUUGUUGUCCCUCUUUGAUCCUCCUAGGCAUGAUAGUGCAGAGACAAUCCGCAGGGCUCUGCAUCUUGGUGUAAAUGUCAAGAUGAUUACUGGUGAUCAACUUGCCAUUGCUAAGGAGACUGGACGAAGACUUGGCAUGGGAACGAACAUGUACCCAUCUGCUUCUUUACUUGGUAACCACAAGGAUGAAUCUAUAGCUGCCCUUCCAAUUGAAGAAUUGAUCGAGAAGGCAGAUGGGUUUGCCGGAGUAUUUCCAGAGCAUAAAUAUGAAAUCGUGAAGAAAUUGCAAGAGAGGAAGCACAUAUGUGGAAUGACAGGAGACGGUGUGAAUGAUGCCCCUGCUCUGAAGAAGGCAGACAUUGGAAUUGCUGUUGCUGAUGCUACUGAUGCCGCAAGAGGUGCUUCUGACAUUGUGCUCACAGAACCUGGGCUGAGUGUCAUCAUCAGUGCUGUGUUGACCAGUAGAGCUAUUUUCCAGAGGAUGAAGAAUUACACAAUAUAUGCAGUCUCCAUAACAAUCCGUAUAGUGUUUGGGUUUAUGUUUAUCGCCUUGAUAUGGAAGUUCGACUUUUCUCCGUUCAUGGUUUUGAUCAUUGCUAUUCUAAACGAUGGAACCAUAAUGACAAUAUCGAAGGAUCGGGUGAAGCCAUCUCCUCUGCCAGAUAGCUGGAAACUGAAUGAGAUCUUUGCUACUGGUAUAGUUCUUGGAAGUUACUUAGCAUUGAUGACAGUGAUAUUUUUUUGGGCAAUGAAGGAUACUGACUUCUUCCCGGAUAAAUUUGGUGUAAGGCCAUUAAAGGAUAGCAAAAAUGAAAUGAUGGCUGCUCUAUACCUGCAAGUGAGUAUUGUGAGUCAGGCUCUGAUAUUUGUCACUCGAUCUCGCAGCUGGUCCUUUAUUGAACGCCCUGGAGCGUUACUGAUGGGUGCCUUCAUGAUUGCGCAACUGGUGGCGACUCUGAUAGCGGUCUACGCGAACUGGGGAUUCGCUAAAAUUAAAGGAUGUGGUUGGGGAUGGGCUGGUGUUAUUUGGGUUUACAGCAUUGUCUUCUAUGUGCCACUUGACGUGAUGAAGUUCGCCAUUCGGUAUAUCUUAAGUGGCAAGGCUUGGAACAACUUGUUAGAUAACAAGACUGCUUUCACCUCAAAGAAAGAUUACGGCAAGGAGGAGAGGGAAGCUCAAUGGGCACUUGCUCAAAGGACAUUACAUGGGCUUCAGCCACCAGAAACCUCUAGUGUCUUCAACGAUAAAAGCAGCUACAGAGAACUGUCAGAAAUCGCUGAACAAGCUAAGAGGAGAGCUGAGGUUGCAAGGCUUCGGGAGCUUCAUACGCUCAAGGGACAUGUGGAGUCAGUGGUGAAGCUGAAAGGGCUGGACAUUGAUACCAUCCAGCAGCAUUACACAGUUUGAAAUAUUCCAUCAAAUACUAACCGUGAGGGGAAGGGCUGCGGACCCAAGAAAAACCUAAUCAUGAAGAAGGGAAUUCCUUCACUAGCUAGAAAAUAGGAACCUUUCUGUCCCGUAAAUUUCCAUAUCUGUCUACCUUUUACUCUCUUUUGUAUUUCAAGUGGCCAGAGAAAACAUUGUGCUUGGCUUCUUUAUAUUUUAUGCUGAGCAAAUUAUGAGCGUAUCUUCUAAAAUUGUUUAUUUUGCUGCA